UCCACUCAGAUUCUAAGUCCUAAAACCCUAAAUUUGAACCCACGGAAGCUCAUCCAAUGGAGUCGCUGACGGCGAUCGCCGCAACGGUCUCCACGCCGUCCACCAGCCGCCGCAUUGAGAUCUUCCGCCACCGGAUUCCGCCACUUCUCGACAAUUUAGACUCUUUGCAGAUGACUGCUGAGCUUGUGUCAAUAUUGGUUGAUUUAAUUUUCCAAACAUUACCCAUCUAUGAUGACCAUGGAUCAAGGAAAGCUGUGGACGAAGUUAUUAUUAAAGCUUUGACUAAAGACUUAUUUAUGAAAAGUUUUGCAGCAACCCUUGUACAGGCCAUGGAAAGGCAUUCAAAGUUCCAAUCACUGACAGGAGGUUACAGGCUUCUAAAGUGGUCUUGUAUACUCUUAAUUCAUAGUCAGUUUGCUACCUUAUCAAAGAAUGGAUUGUCUAGGGUAGCCCAAGCUCAGGCAUUGGUACUUCAUAUGGUCAUGCAAGGACCAUUUGGUGUGAGAAGGGCUUGCAGGAAAACCUGCUUUCAUUUAUUUACUAAGUCACCAAGCAUAUAUAAAGCGUACAUAGAGGAAUUGAAAGAUGGAAGGAUUCCAUACAAAGAUAGUCCUGCGUUAUUAUAUUUGAUGCUUGACUAUGCUAAUUCAUAUCCUUCUUCAUUUGAUAAACUAAAGGACUUGUUUCUCGACUUAUAUGUUACAUCAGUUCUUAAUGCAAGGGAUAAGCCCACAAAGGGCCUCAGUGAGGCUUUUCUUCCAUUAUUUACUCAUAUGUCGCAUGAAGAUUUUAAGAACACCAUACUCCCAUCUUCUCUUAAGAUGUUGAAACGAAACCCAGAACUUGUUCUUGAAUCAGUUGGAGUUCUUUUGCAAUCCGUCAACCUCGACUUGAGUAAAUAUGUAACUGAAACUCUCCCAGUGGUACUAACACAGGCUAGGCAUGCAGAUGAAGGAAGACGACUUGUUUCUUUGAGCAUAGUUAGGUGCUUGAGCCAGAAGUCAAGCAGUCCAGAUGCUAUAGAAGCUAUGUUUACUGCUAUCAAAGCUAUAUUGGGAGGUUCGGAAGGUCGUCUUACAUUUCCAUACCAGAGAGUUGGCAUGGUUAAUGCACUUAGAGAAGUUUCAGCUGCUCCUGAAGGAAAAUAUUUUAGCAGCUUGUUUCCAACAGUGUGCAGCUAUUUGUUGUCAUGCUACAAGGAAGAUGGAAAUGAAGAAGUAAAGCUUGCAAUUUUGUCUUGCUUGGCAUCCUGGGCUGUUAAAUCAGGGGAUGCUAUUCCCCCAGAGUUAGUUACCUUCUUUGUUUCUGGACUCAAAGAGAAGGAAACACUGAGAAGAGGUUACCUUCGCUGUUUGCGAUUAGUAUGUAGAAAUGCUGAAGCUGUUAUCCAGAUGUCAUCCCUAUUGCUGCCUCUUCUCCAACUAGUCAAGACUGGUUUUACUAAAGCUGCCCAGAGAUUGGAUGGCAUUUUUGCACUUUUUUGUGUGGUGAAAAUUGCUGCUGUUGAUGUAAAAGCAGAUGAAACAAUAUCGAGGGAGAAAAUCUGGCAAUUGAUAGCGCAGAAUGAGCCAACAAUUAUUCCAAUUUCCUUGGCAUCAAAAUUGCCAGUUGAGGACUUAGCGGCGUGCAUUGACCUUGUUGAGGUUCUACUUGUUGAUUACUCCCAGAGGCUAUUGGAUUCUUUUUCUACCAAGGGAUUCAUACAGCUUAUAUUAUUUUUGCUGUGCCAUCCGAAUUGGGAAAUAAGGAAAGCAGCCUAUGGCACUUCGAGGAAGAUUCUUGGUGCAUCUAAUGUAUUAGCUGAAGCUAUUUUACCCGAAUUUUUGAGUUAUCUCUCUGUUGUUGGAGAAAAGGCUAUUAAUCUUAAGAUGAGUGAUGCAGAAAAUGUGACAGACUCUCAAGUUCCUUUCCUUCCAUCAGUUGAAGUAUUGGUUAAGGCGUUAGUUGUAAUAGCACCUGUGGUUUCUGCUAGAGGCCCAGAUGCCUGUGUGCAGCUAUUGCUUUGCGUACAUCACCCUUGCAUCAUUGGCCCAGUUUGGAGGAGGGUGCAUAAGUGUUUGCAGAAGUCGGGAAUUGAUGUGAUUGGUCUUAUUACUGCCGAUGUUGUUAAGUUAUGCAAGGGACUAUUAGGCUCAAAUGGAUUGUUGAGUUUUAGCUACAUGGAGCAAGAAGCGGCUUUAAACUCCUUGUCCACGCUGAUGUCUAUUAUACCAGCAGAUACUUAUGCACAAUUUGCUAAGUACUUUGCUGAUCUCCCAGAUCGUGUUGCGCAUGACGCACUCUCAGAAGUUGAUAUUCAGAUCUUCCGAACUCCUGAGGGAGUGCUUUCUACUGAACAAGGCGUUUAUAUUGCGGAGUCUGUUGCCUCCAAGAAUGUGAAGCAAGCAAAAGGACGUUUCCGCAUUUAUGAUAAGGAUGAUGACCUGGAUCAAGUUAGCUCUAAUAACUCAGUUGUUAGUUCGAAUCAAUCUCUAAGACGAGAUGUGCCCAAUGCCGUGUCUGGGAAAAAAGAUGCUCCAAAAUCAAUGAAAAAAUCUGAGAAGACAAAAACCUCUAAAGAAGAAGCCCGUGAAUUGCAGCUUAAGGAAGAGGGUCAUAUUCGUGACAAGGUCAUGUCAAUUCAACACAACAUUUCAUUGAUGCUCAAAGCUUUGGGAGAAAUGGCAAUCGCUAAUCCUAUAUUCACUCACAGUCAGCUUCCUUCUUCGGUCAAGUUUGUCAGUCCUUUCCUUAGGUCACCAAUUGUAGGUGAUGCUGCCUUUGAGACACUAGUGAAACUUUCGAAAUGCACUAUUGAUCCUCUUUGCAAUUGGUCUCUUGAAAUUGCAACUGCAUUACGACUGACUGCUACUGAAGAAACUAGUAUCUUGUGGGACUUAUUUCCAUCUAUUCGUGACGGGGAGCAUGAUGGAACUCCAUCACUUGGCCUUUUUGAACGUUUAGUCAGUGGCUUAACCACCUCCUGCAAAUCUGGGCCUCUUCCAGUUGAUUCGUUUACAUUUAUUUUCCCGGUAAUUGAGAGGAUACUUUUGUCUCCAAAGAAGACAGGUCUUCAUGAUGAUGUUCUCCAGAUUCUCUUCUUGCACAUAGAUCCUAUGUUGCCACUACCAAGGAUUAGAAUGCUAUCAGUUCUUUACCAUGUUCUAGGUGUUGUCCCUGCUUACCAAUCGUCUAUUAGCCCAGCUUUGAAUGAAUUGUGCCUUGGUCUACAUCCUGAUGAAGUAGCACCCGCUUUGUCUGGUGUUUAUGCCAAAGAUAUUCAUGUCAGAAUGGCCUGCUUAAAUGCUGUAAAGUGCAUUCCGGCUGUCUCCAAUUGUUCAAUUCCUCAAAAUGUUGAGGUUGCGACCAGCAUAUGGCUUGCUUUGCACGACUCCGAUAAGUCGGUUGCAGAAGCUGCGGAAGAUGUGUGGGAUUGUUACCGCAAUGAAUUUGGUACAGAUUACUCUGUACUUUUUGGUGCACUUUCACAUGUUAAUUACAAUGUUAGAGUUGCUGCGGCGGAGGCCCUUGCUGCUGCUUUGGAUGAAAAGCCUGAUACGAUACAGGAAUCUCUGUCAACCUUGUUUUCUUUAUACCUCCGUGAUGCUGGAUUUGGUGGGGAGAGCACUACCACUGGUUGGCUAGGUAGACAAGGGAUAGCCCUGGCAUUACACAGUGUGGCAGAUGUCCUCCGAACCAAAGAUCUUCCUGUUGUGAUGACUUUUCUGAUAUCUCGAGCCUUGGCUGAUCCCAAUAUUGAUGUUCGUGGAAGAAUGGUUGAUGCUGGAAUUUUGAUUAUUGACAAGCAUGGCCAAGAUAACGUUUCCUUGUUGUUUCCCAUCUUUGAGAAUUUCCUGAACAAGAAGGCACCAGAUGAGGAGAAAUAUGACUUGGUACGUGAAGGUGUGGUUAUAUUCACAGGAGCACUGGCAAAACACUUGUCGAAGGAUGAUCCGAAAGUUCAUGCUGUUGUGGAGAAGCUGUUGGAUGUAUUGGACACACCUUCUGAGUCUGUGCAACGCGCAGUCUCCUCUUGCCUUGCACCUUUAAUGCAAUCAAAGCAGGAAGAAGCAGGGGCUCUUAUUUCCAGACUGCUUGUUAAGCUGAUGAAGAGUGACAAAUAUGGUGAGCGCCGGGGAGCAGCAUUUGGACUUGCUGGAGUAGUUAAAGGAUUUAGAAUAUCAUGUCUGAAGAAGUAUAAUGUUAUGACAGCCUUACGUGAUGGUCUUUCUGACAGAAACUCUGCUAAAAGCAGAGAGGGGGCUUUACUUGCUUUUGAAUGUUUCUGUGACAAGCUUGGGAGAGUAUUUGAGCCGUAUGUGAUUCAAAUGUUACCCCUGCUCCUGGUAUCGUUCUCUGAUCCAGUUAUUGCCGUGCGAGAUGCUGCUGAGGGUGCAGCCCGUGCAAUGAUGUCUCGACUUAGUGCUCAAGGAGUCAAACUUGUUUUACCAUCGCUUUUAAAGGGCCUUGAAGAUAAAGCCUGGAGAACAAAGCAAAGCAGUGUACAGCUACUAGGUGCUAUGGCGUACUGUGCUCCACAGCAACUGUCUCAAUGUCUGCCCAAGAUUGUGCCAAAGUUGACUGAGGUUCUAACAGAUACUCACCCCAAAGUCCAAUCAGCUGGACAAACUGCUCUCCGGCAGGUUGGAGAAGUGAUUAAGAAUCCGGAAAUAGCAGCUCUUGUCCCCACUCUUAUGAUGGGCCUCACAGAUCCUAAUGAUUAUACAAAAUAUUCACUUGAUAUCCUUCUGCAGACUACCUUCAUUAAUACUAUAGAUGCUCCUUCUCUUGCAUUAUUGGUGCCCAUUGUCCAUAGAGGGCUUAGGGAGAGAGGUGCAGAGACCAAAAAGAAAGCUGCUCAAAUCGCUGGAAACAUGUGUUCUUUAGUUACAGAGCCAAAGGAUAUGAUUCCUUACAUAGGCUUACUUCUACCUGAAGUGAAAAAGGUCCUGGUUGAUCCAAUCCCUGAAGUUAGAGCAGUUGCCGCCAGAGCCAUUGGUUCUCUCAUAAGAGGAAUGGGAGAAGAUAACUUCCCAGACCUUGUUCCUUGGUUAUUAGACACCCUGAAGUCUGAUGGUAGCAAUGUUGAGCGGUCAGGAGCAGCUCAAGGGCUGAGUGAGGUAUUGGCAGCACUUGGGACACAGUAUUUUGAGGCCUUACUUCCUGAUGUUAUUCGGAAUUGUUCUCAUCCAAAAGCUCCAGUUCGUGAUGGUUACUUAACACUAUUCAAGUAUCUGCCAAGAUCUUUAGGUGUUCAGUUUCAGAAGUACUUGCAACAGGUUUUACCUGCUAUUCUUGAUGGCCUUGCUGAUGAGAACGAGUCAGUACGAGAAGCAGCUCUCAGUGCUGGGCAUGUCCUGGUUGAACAUUAUGCAACUACGUCUCUGCCUCUGCUCCUUCCUGCAGUAGAGGAUGGCAUAUUCAAUGAUAGUUGGCGUAUUCGCCAGAGUUCUGUGGAAUUAUUGGGCGAUCUUUUGUUUAAGGUUGCUGGAACCUCUGGGAAAGCCCUUUUGGAAGGCGGCAGUGAUGAUGAAGGUUCUAGCACUGAAGCUCAUGGACGGGCUAUUAUUGAAGUACUUGGAAAAGAUAAACGUAAUGAAGUUCUUGCUGCAUUAUAUAUGGUUCGCACAGAUGUCAGCUUAGUUGUACGGCAGGCUGCACUGCAUGUCUGGAAAACCAUAGUUGCAAAUACUCCAAAAACCCUCAAGGAAAUAAUGCCAGUUUUAAUGAACACACUAAUCGCUUCUCUGGCUUCAUCAUCUUCAGAGAGGCGACAGGUUGCUGGAAGGUCAUUGGGCGAGCUUGUCAGAAAGCUUGGUGAAAGAGUGCUUCCCCUAAUUAUUCCUAUUUUAUCUGAAGGUCUCAGCGAUCCUAAUCCUAGUAGAAGACAAGGUGUAUGUAUUGGUCUAAGUGAAGUGAUGGCCAGCGCUGGUAAGAGUCAGUUGCUGACUUUCAUGGAUGAACUCAUCCCAACGAUCCGGACUGCUCUUUGUGACAGCACACAUGAGGUUCGGGAGUCUGCAGGAACUGCAUUCAGUACCCUGUACAAGAGUGCUGGUUUGCAGGCUAUUGAUGAAAUAGUUCCUACACUUCUUCAUGCGUUGGAAGAUGAAAAAACGUCUGAUACUGCUCUUGAUGGCCUAAAACAAAUCUUGAGUGUCAGGACCACUGCUGUGCUGCCUCAUAUACUACCAAAGCUUGUUCACCUUCCACUAUCCGCAUUCAAUGCCCAUGCUUUAGGAGCUCUAGCGGAGGUUGCGGGGCCUGGUCUUGAUUUCCAUCUUGGUACAAUACUGCCUGCUUUACUUGCAGCAAUGAGUGAUAGUGAUGAGGAUGUCCAGAAGUUGGCGAAAAAGGCAGCAGAAACAGUUGUCUUGGUUAUAGAUGAGGAAGGCAUCGAGUCUUUGAUUUCAGAGCUUCUGAAAGGCACUUCUGAUAAUCAGGGCUCAAUAAGAAGAAGUUCGUCAUAUCUGAUUGGAUAUUUCUUCCAAAAUAGCAAAUUGUAUCUGGCUGAUGAAGCACCAAACAUGAUAUCUACCUUGAUAGUUUUGCUUAGUGAUCCAGAUUCAGCUACAGUUGCGGCUGCUUGGGAAGCAUUGUUGAGGGUUGUAGGCUCGGUGCCUAAAGAGGUUCUUCCUUCGUAUAUGAAGCUGGUUCGCGAUGCAAUCUCUACAGCUAGGGACAAAGAACGCAGGAAAAAGAGAGGAGGACCAGUUCUGAUACCUGGAUUCUGUCUUCCUAAGGCACUUCAACCUGUGUUACCCAUCUUUCUUCAGGGUCUCAUAAGUGGAUCUGCUGAAUUAAGAGAACAAGCAGCAUUGGGUCUUGGAGAAUUGAUAGAAGUCACAAGUGAAAAGGCCCUGCGUGAAUUUGUUAUUCCAAUUACAGGUCCACUGAUUCGCAUUAUAGGAGACCGUUUUCCAUGGCAAGUGAAAAGUGCUAUUUUAUCAACUUUGACCAUCAUGAUACAAAAAGGUGGAAUGGCUCUAAAGCCUUUCCUUCCCCAACUUCAAACUACUUUUGUUAAAUGCCUACAAGACAAUACAAGGACUAUUCGUUCAAGUGCUGCAGUUGCCCUAGGAAAGCUUAGUGCUCUCAGUACAAGGAUUGAUCCAUUAGUUGGUGAUCUUUUGUCUGGUCUUCAGGCAUCAGAUCCUGCAGUCAAGGAGGCAAUAUUAACAGCUUUGGAUGGUGUUAUUAAGAAUGCUGGAAAAAGUUUGAGUAGUGCUGUUAUAUCUCGUCUCCACUCUCAGAUUAAGGAUAUGUUAUACAGUGAAGAUGAUCAAAUACGAAGCCCAGCAGCUGGUAUUUUGGGAUAUUUAUUGCAGUACUUGGAAGGCGCUCAAGUUUCUGAAACACUUGUGGAAGUAGUAGAUUCCUCCUCGUCGUCAACAUGGACAACAAGACAUGGAUCAACUCUAGCCAUAUCAUCCAUGCUUAGAUAUAAUGCUGCCAUAAUUUGUGCUUCUCCAUUGUUUACAGACAUAGUUGAUGCUCUGAAAAGUUCAUUGAAGGAUGAUAAGUUCCCUGUUCGUGAAUCAUCAGUUCGAGCUUUCGGAAGACUUCUACUACAUCAGAACCAGAACGAUCCUUCAAACAGUUCUGCACAUUUGGCAUCAAUGAGCUAUUUAGUGUUGGCAAUCCAAGAUGACUCAAGUGAAGUGAGAAGACGGGCCUUGAGUUCUUUGAAGAAAGUGGCCAAAGCUAAUCCACAGGGGAUCAUACUUCAUGUUUCCUUAUUUGGACCUGCGCUUGGUGAAUGUUUAAAGGAUAGCUCUACACCUGUUAGGCUAGCUGCAGAAAGAUGUGCACUACACUGCUUCCUACUGUCAAAGGGUACGGAAUAUGUUCAAGCUGCACAAAAAUAUAUUACCGGGUUGGAUGCUCGAAGAAUAGCAAAGCUUCCUGAACACAGUGAUGAUAGUGAAGAUGGUGAAGAUGAGAUUAACGGCUGAUUCACCCUUUUGAUGGCUAAUACGACUUGGCUGUUUAUCGGUGAUGUUUUGAAUCUCGAGGGGCAAAGAAUGCCAGAGGGGCUGGGCGAAAGCCGAUUUCCCCCAUGUCGUAUUUGAUGAGAGACGUCACACUAAUAUACACACCCAUUAGCAGCAUAUGUGGUAUACUUGUUCCCAAAUAGAUGUGUCAUUGCUUCUGUAACUUUUGUAGGCAUCCAUUUUGAAACUGGAAACUCUGAGUGAGCAUGCGUUUUUCUAUAUAAAAUUAUCUUUUUGAGUAAUAAAAAUUAUUGGGUUUUUUGUUUUA